UUCGAGCAUUCGGCUUAUGUUUUCGCACUGGAGUCGAAUCUGGUUGACAGCGAUAUUGAUUGCACGGAAGUUGCAUCCGGUGCCUUGGUAAUGAUGGUUCAGCGCGGUCUUUUCUAUGCGGAAGCGGAGUUUCGUGCGAUGGCAAAUCCAGACAAUACACCGAUGCUCGAUGAAAAGACGGACACGCUUGGGCUCAUCGAAGCUGGUAUCGUAACCGACGUGGCUGCACCGCGAGCUGUAAGUGGCGAUUCCAAUGGUGUUCGCCAUACGGAUGUUCUUGAGUUCCCUGAGGAUAAAGUCCGUUUCCUGAAAUGUCAUAGUAGUGAGGUGUUCAUCUGUGCUUGGAAUCCAGUGGAGGACCUUAUGGCUUCAGGAUCAGGAGAUUCAACUGCUCGAAUUUGGAACUUAGCAGGCUCGGAAAAUCCGGCAACGCCGUCCAGAGAAUUCGAAGCACGUACAAAGGUUCUGAAACAUUGUACGUCUGGAGAAUCUGAGAAAGCACAGCAACCAUCGAAUAAGUUCGUGCUUUGGCAUAGUGCCGAGUUGAGAGCAAGGAGCUCAAUUGGCAAGAGGAGGAAAAUGAGGUUGGGACAAUUUUCUAUCUCAAUUAAGGAUGUAACAAGUCUUGACUGGGACGCUGCUGGUGACCUGCUGGCAACUGGUUGCUACGAUGGCUUCGCAAGAAUAUGGACUGCUGAAGGGCGUCUUCGAUGCACGUUAGGAGCACACAAAGGACCUAUUUUCGCGCUCAAGUGGAAUUCCAAAGGCGACUUUAUACUUUCGGCAGGCGUGGAUAAAUCGACUAUUGUUUGGGAUGCUGUUAAAGGUCAGCAAGUGCAACAGUUCCAUUUUCAUACGGCCUCUGCCCUUGAUGUCGAUUGGAUCACAAACGAUACCUUUGCCUCAUGUUCCACGGAUAAAUCAAUUCACGUCAGUAGGCUAGGAUGUGAUAAGCCAAUUCGAACAUAUCUUGGUCAUCGAAAUGAAGUGAACGCUAUCAAGUAUGAUCAGCAUUCAAAUAGGCUUGCUUCGUGUUCCGACGACAUGUCUUUGAAGGUACGUUAG